AUUUUCUGUUUUUUUUUUUUUUUUUCCCCUCUGUCCUUUCUCGCUCAGGCCCUAUGCUUGAAAAGAUGGAAAAGUGUGGAAGACAGGAGGACCUUAUGCAGUUUAUUCACCAGGAUAAGGUUCAGUAUGACAUCAACAAAUUUGACGAUCGGAUGGAGAACCUUCGCCGCAUCCGCGAGACGCGAGAGCGGCAAGAGGAGGAAGCCAUGUGGGAGUGUCUCACAAAAGUGCAGUGGGAAAAGGAAGCUGCAGCUAAGGCUGCAGCUGAUAAUGAGAAAAUAGCAGCAGCUCUCGCGGAGAAAGAAAAGGAGAAGGAGAGAAAGGAACAACUACUACUACGGAUACGGGACGAAAGUGAAGAGAUAAGAUCUCUCCUGGAGAGGCUCAGGGCUGCACAGAUGAACAAGGAGCGAGCGCUACAGACAGAAGAAAAGCGGCUUUUACUGAAGCAAGAGGAAGAGGUUAUGGCCGCGUAUGAUAACAUGAUGAAGGAGGAACAAGAACGAGCAGAGAGAUUGCACAAGGAGAAAGAGCUGCAGCGUCGACUAAGCAAUAUUGCAGUGCGGCGCCAGCAGGAAGAGCAGAUGGAGGAGAGAGUAAAGAGGCAAAAAGAGACACAGGAGGAGCACGAACGAGAGCGUAAAGCUGUGGAAGAGAUCGUUGCUCAGGUCGAGAUGGAGGAGAGGAUGGAAUACCAGAGAAAGAGGGAGAAACAGGAGGAGGUGCGAAAGUUCAUUGAGUUUUACCUGGAGCAGCGUGAGGCACGACGAGAAGCAGAGGCAAGGAGGAUGAAGGAAGAGGAGGACCAGAUUGCAGAAUACAACGCGUUGCUUGAUAAACGACUUGAGGCACAAAAGGUCAAGAGGAGGGAAAGGACAGCGGAGCAAGAAAAGGUACAAGCCAUAAUCUCUGCGAUCAAAGAAGCAGAGGAGCGCAAGAGAACUGCCUUUGCAUGCCAUCCCGCUUGCUCCCCAUGUCGUUCUUUCCUGCUGGUGUGAUGCAGUGUUGUUUGGUUGCAUUGUUGGUAUUGCCGUGUACUUCGCUGCAUCGUUGCU